UCACAUUACUGUUCGGUACAGCAAGCAUUGCUACAAACAUCUAUAUACAAGUCAAACAGCAUCCCAUGCUUGUCGAGCUCCAGUCCUCGCCGACCUGUUGGAUAUAUGAGGAUUUGUCCGAUUCGGUCAAUCGAACAGUGACAUUGGUCGUGCUGAUAUCCAACAUGCUGGUUGAUGUGGUCGUCAUCAUUGUGACUUGGGUGUACACCUUCCACAUAGUCAAAGUCCAAGGAAGGAAGAUACUAUGGACGCGCCGUUCUAUCUCCUGGAUCCUGCUCAGGGAUGGCACAAUCUACUUCCUCGCGAUUUUCAUUUUGAAUUUGAUCAUCUUCGUCAUUGGUGUGUGGUUCAAUACGCUCAACUACCUCAGCAACCUAAGCCUUCCACUUCAACUGGUACUUGUCUCGCGCUUGGUGAUCAACUUGCGGGAAGCGUCCGAAGGGGAUAUCUACAUGGGCUCCCACAACACAUCCGCCGAGAUCGGGGGGCCUGCGAAUGCUACUGCCGAGGUAUCGACUGUGAGAUUCGAUCAUACAGCGACCCAUACUGUUGAGAACACAUCGAGUAGAGUGGAUUCCAGUAUUGAAGAGGGAAGCAUUGACGAAGGGGCCAGUGAACUCGAACAACUCGGCAUUCACUCCUCCGGCGCGGGGAGACCCCCUCCGAUGGAUGUGUAUGAAGAGCCAAUGAGCUCUGAAUGUGUAGAAUCUGUCUGACUGGUCGGAGAAUGCCCGUCGCGAAUACUUGGGAAUCAGUGCUACACUGCUAUGUAAACGGCGAAGUCCGAAUAACGUGCGGCUAGGCGGUCCUACAUGGAUCCUUCAUUGUCUUGGCAGUCUGCAAGAACCACUCAAAACUGAAC